CCCGAACAUUGAAAUCAAUCUUCCAAAGCAUGAGACAGGGCGACAAGCUGCCAAAUUGCUGAUAGACCAUCGACACUCAGCAUCCAAAUCAAGCAAAAUGCCACCAAACAGUGCUCAUGGCAAGCUGGACACCGAGGAGACGAACGCAGCGGCGUGGCAGGCCACGCGAGGUGCUGUUACAGGAGCAGCAAGGUGGGGCAUAUAUUCCGCCGUCGCGGCUGGCAUUGCGUAUGCUUAUUCACCAAUAUACCGUGGUUUGACUAUACAAUUCAAAGUCUUCCUUCAAAUGUCUGGUAUGAUAUUCGGAAGUGUCAUAGAAGCAGAUGAGCGCCUGCGUAUUUACGGUGAACGAUCACGACGCCAGAAAGUCAUGGCCCGUGAUGCUGCCGUGUGGAGGAGAUAUGAGGAAGAAUUUGAGAGCCUGGGUAUUCAAGGUGUCACUAGCGAGGCUAGAACCAGGAAGGAUCGCCCUGAAGAACAGCAAGAGGAGAAAUGAGAACGAGCCUUACGGCAAGGGUCCUUUGUGAGCAACACGCUUAUAUGUCUAUCCCUGCAUCAUCACGCUUUGAGCCUGCAACGCGAUACGAGAUUUCUGAGCUCGAAGGUGGAGUCUCUCACCUACACAAGCAGGCAGCAGGCGGAUUUACAGGCAAGAAGCUGCCUGAGGACAUUGACUGCAUGAUGAGCCAGGCGUGUUCCAGGCUUCUUUGGACUGGAUCAAUGGGUGUAUGAACACAGCUCUGGCCCCCAACACCAUUCUCGGACAGAGUCCUAUCGAUCUGCGAACUACUCUAUAUGUCUUGGUCAGUAUAUUGCCGAGGACUAUGAGCGCCUCUAGGGUCCCGUCAGUAAUGCUAUAAUCGAUCAAUGAAUGAGGGAGUAGGCUGGCCAAUCUUCCCGUUCUCCCC